ACACUGCUUUGUGAGCAGUUCCAGAAUGGCUUAUAUCGAAUAACAAUUUUUGUGAUAAGAUAAAAAAGAAGAGAUAUUAAUAAUGGACUUUUUUUGUGUGUAAACUCCGUGUUCUGUGUUUGAAUCAUUCAAUCUUUUGUGAGCGAUUAAUUGUAAAUACUAACUUGCGUAGAGGAGGAGGAGGAAGACAGAACCAAAGCAACCACAAUCAUAAUAGCAAUAACAGCAACAUACACGAAUGGAUCACGAAUUCCAGUUGAGUGUUACAAAGGCGUUGCAUCCCUCUGAGGCACCACUUAAAACCAAGCAUGCUAGGUCAGUUAUCAUAGCCACGCAUCGUCACCGUGGAGCAAAACUCUUUUGGAAUAUUAUAACACGGCAGCCGUUGAUGGAACACCGCUUUACGGCAUGGAAAUUUUGCCAUGUUCUGCACAAAGUUUUGCGAGAAGGUCACGACAGCUGUGUGCGACACUCCCAAGUGCACAAGACUCUGAUAUUGGAGGUAGGAAAACUGUGGGGCCACCUACAAGAUGGUGUUGGCAAGUGCAUUGAAAGUUAUACCCAAUUAUUGGUCAAUAAAUUGGAUUUCCAUGCCAAGAAUGCAGGCAUUCCCGGCUGCAUAACAAUGGAAUUCGAUGAUCUCCGCAGGGUCAUGGGCGAUGACUACAACAAUUACUUCCAGUUGUGCGUAGAAAUUUUCGACUAUUUGGAUUGCAUUAUUGCUCUGCAGGCUGUCAUAUUCACGGCCAUAACCACUUAUCGCAUGUCUUCGAUGACACCACAGGGCCAGUGUCGACUGGCGCCCGUAGUGACAUUGAUUUCCGACUCAAAUCCCCUCUACGAUUUAUGUGUGCGUGUUUUGUUUCUUUUACACGAUGGCAUAUCACACGACAUUCUAGCUGGACAUCGAGCUAGAUUCAAUGAUUUGUUUACCAAGCUGAAGUUCUUCUAUGAGACGGUGCGUCCAUUACAGUAUUUCGCAGACAUUAUACAGUUGCCCCAGUUGCCAGACAAUGCCCCCAAUUUCCCUUCUGUACAUGCAGUGGGUAAUUACAUAGCUCCAGUCAUGCAUGUCUACCAAGAAGAGCCGGAGGAGGAGGUUGAAGUGCCAGUGGUGGAAGAAAGUCUAUUGGAUUUAUCCAAUGCCAGUGAAAACAAUGCAUCAACUAAUGGAGGGGCGGUCGAAGAAGAGGUUGUUGAUGCCUCACAAAUUAUGAUUGCCAAUUUGCAUGAGGAGCUGAGGCUGAGGCAGAUGCACAUAGAACAGCUGGUAAAUGUUACAAGGGAAAUGUCCAAUUUGAAAGUGCGUAACGAAGCCCUCGAAUCCGAGGUGCACGUCAUGAAGGAGAUGUUAAAGAAUACCACCGAAAUAAAGGACAAUCUGGAACUGAAGCUACGUGAAAUGGAGGAGUUGCAAGGAGAGGUCAAAGAGGGCGAUGAGAAAUACAAAAAAGAGGUGGAAAAACUGGACAAAUUCAAAACUAUGUAUGCCAAACUGAGGGAGGAGCAUAUUAAUCUCCUAAGAGCCCGCAACGAUGACUCCAAACUAUUGAUGGCCGAGAGAAAGAAAGGUGAAGAUUUCCAAACCGAAGCGAAUAAUCUUAAAGCCCAACUGGAGGACAAUAGCCGCAAGACUGAAGAACAGAUGCUUACUUUGAGUACGAAAAUAAAAGAACACGAGGAAGAGGCAGCUAAAAAAGAACGACGUCUGGAGGAGUUGGAGUGCGAACUUCUCAAGUCCAAGGCCUUGUUCGAGAAACACGACAUAGACAAAAGUGCUGUGAUAAGUGAAUAUGAGAAUCAACUGCUGGAACAUAAAAUGGAAUUGAAAAAGUUAAAGGAGAACUACGACCUUGAGGUGAAAACUAAACAACAUGAAAUGAAUGAGCUGCUACAAAUUAAAGCAAGCAAUGAAACCAACAUUAAGGAUGUCCAAACCCAAUUGGAAAUGACCAACAAUGAGAAGGCUAAACUAAGCCAAAAGUUAGCAGAAAUCGAGGAGGAGUAUUUGCUGCAAAGCCAAACUCGUGAUCAGCAAAUUCAGGAGAAGAAUGCAGAAGUCCAAGCUCUGAUGCAAGCUAAGGCAGACAAUGAGACGAUUAUAAACAGGUUGCAACAACAAUUGGAGAGCUCAAACCAAACCAAAGUGGAGCAAAUGGAGAUGGCCAACAAUGAAAAGGCAAAUUUGAAACAAAAAUUAGUUGAAGCUGAAAAUGAAUACGUGCUGCAAAUUCAAAGCCGUGAAAAAGAAAUUCAGGAAAGGCAGACAGAAGUUGAAAAUCUCAAGCAAGCUAAGGCAGAAAACGAGUCUACGAUAAACAUUUUGCAAGCACAAUUGGAAAUGACCAACAAUGAGAAGGCUAAACUAAGCGAAAAAUUAUCCGAAGUUGAGGAGGAAUAUUUGCUGCAAACCCAAAUCCGUGAUAAGCAAAUUCAGGAGCAAAAUGCACAAGUCCAAGCUCUGAUGCAAGCUAAGGCAGACAAUGAAACGACUAUAAACAAGUUGCAACAACAAUUGGAGAGCUCAAACCAAACCAACGUGGAGCAAAUGGAGUUGGCUUACAAUGAAAAGUCAAGUUUGAAACAAAAAUUAGUUGAAGCUGAAAAUGAAUACGUGCUGCAAAUUCAAAACCGCGAAAAAGAAAUUCAGGAAAGGCAAACAGAAGUUCAAACUCUCAAGCAAGCUAAGGCAGAAAACGAGUCCACAAUAAACGGCUUGCAGAUGCAGUUGGAGACAUGCACGAAAACCAAUGAGGAUUUGCAACGCAAUGUGAAUGAACUAAACCAAAACCUAUGCCAAAUUGAAAGUCAACUCACGGAAGCAAACCAAAAAGUGGUGGCCACUGAAACUAGAGAACUUCAAGCCAAAUUCCUCUUUGAGGACUUGGUAUUAUCACUCAACAAGUUAUUGGCCCAAAAUAUGGAUAACAACUUUACAUUUGACUAUUUCGAGCUAAUGACCAUACCCGAUGUGUCCGAAGACAACGUGAAACAAAUACAAAAUCAUUUACAAGCUAUCCAAAGAGAGUAUAAAAAUGGCAAUGUGUCCGCUUUCAUGGGCUCAUUUAUGGAACUAACCCACGCUCUUAAAAUAUUCCACGAGCACAUUAUGUUAAUCUUCAGUAAUACCACAGAUUUGGUUAAAGCCGAACAACUUCGAGGCUUGUGUAACGAUCUUCGUCAAUCUGUAGUUCAAUUCUAUCAAAUGAUGGAAGCCAAACAAGAUGCCAAUAGUCUGACAGAAAUUUCUCGAAAUAAAAUUACACCCAAGCUCAAUGAAAUCCAAACCCUAAUAAGGUCCCUGCAAAAUUCAUUUAGCGAAAGUCUCAAUGUUGCCGAUAUGUUACAACAGGAGCUAAGGGAUAUGGAUAACAUCAUCGAGGAUGCUACCAAGCAAAUUAUGGACUUAUUGCUCAAUACAAAGUCCAAACACGACGGCAUACAAUUGGAAGUCAACGAGAAAAUUUUGGAUUCCUGUACUAAUCUAAUGAAGUGUAUUGUUUCAUUGAUACAACGUUCACGGGAACUACAAAAUGAAAUUGUGUCGCAAGAGAAGGGAACAUUCACUGUAAAGGAAUUCUAUAAACGCAAUAACCAAUGGACUGAAGGUCUGAUAUCUGCUUCUAAAAAUAUUGCCAAGGGUGCUAAAUUCCUUGUUGAUGCUGCCAAUAAAACUAUUGUCUCGGAUUCAGCUGAUUGCUUUGAACUUAUUGUGGCCGCCCAGGAUAUAGCUGCCAGUACGGCACAGUUGGUAAUUGCCAGUAAGGUGAAGGCUAAAAAUGAAAGUCAAAAACUUGCCAAUCUCACAAAAGCUUCGAGGGAUGUUUCUGUUGCUACUGGGCAGGUUGUGGCCACUGUCAGAGAUGGUAAUAGUAAACUUGAAUACAAAAACGAAAUCGAUGUGUCCAAAUUAACACCAUCCCAAAGAAAGACCAUGGAAAUGGAGAUGCAAAUCAAGGUUCUGCAACUGGAGCAAUCUUUGCAAAGUGAGCAACAAAAACUCAUGGCAUUCCGCAAGGCAUUCUAUCAAAGUGCUGAGGAUUAAAAAAAACAAAAAAAAACAUUCAAAAGAAGGAAAUAACCACAGUAUCAAUACAUUGAUAUACAAAAAAAAUUAAAAACAAAUCCAUUCCAAUUUGUUUACAUUUCUUUUUUUUUUAUUAAACACUACAUGACUAGUACUUUAUUAUAAUUACUUUUAUUAUUAUUAUUUUUUUUUAAUAAAAUGUUAUGUGUAUUUUUCUACUUUAAAUUUAACUAUAACUUUUAAUCUUUAAACUAAUAUAUACAAAAUACAUGACAAUAUUGAGAAAACAUUUCAAAUGUUCUACACUCUAUACUCUAAAACAUACUAACCAACGAGAGAAAAACAAAUCAAACGAAACUUUAUCCUAUGAAAUUAUAUACAAUUUAUUUUAUAUUGUCCCACCCCCCCACACACACACACAUAUACACAUGUCUUUGUAUAAAUAAUUUUUUAUAUAUGUAUUUAGAUGAUUAUUGGCCGCAGCUCAAUAUAAAAGUAAAAAAAAAAAAAAAAUAAAAAACAAAAACAAAAAAUCUUUAAAAUCCAGACAAACAAACAAACCAAUUGGACUUGACCCAUAUUUUUUGUAGUAUUAAGAAAAGUAAAUUAACACCAAAAAUUUUCAAUAAUUGUUUUAAACACAUACACACGCUAACACUUGUGGUAUUUUUUAUGUUUAACACUUAACAGUCUUCAAGUUUUAUUACAAUGUAGAUUAUUCAAUAUAUAUAUAUUUUUUUUUUAUAUAUAAAGUUACAUAGUAAACUUUAUUGUUGAUGAUACAGUUAAAAUGAUAAGAACUGUUCUAGUUUUCUUUUUCCAUACCAUAAGUCAGUGCAAGAUUAGAAAUGAGAUUUAGUUUUUAAAUCAUACAACGGAGGUUGACUCUGCAUUAUAUACAGUGCAAGGAAUGGAUGGAAUUGAAAUCUGGAUUAGGUCUGAUUAUGUUAUUAUUAUUGAGAAAUAAAAUUUAAAUAAACCUUAA